GGUUUCCGCUUGCGCCCGGCGGCUUCCGCGUGCGCCCGGCGGCUUCCGCGUGCUCCUGGCUCUGCGCCGCCUCGCCCGAUGGCCCCUCAGCGGAGGGCCGCGCCUAAAGCCCCCGAGGGCCGCGCCGAGGCUGAGCGCCGGCGCCCCAGCAGCUCCAGGAAGGACCGAGCCCCGCAGAAGGGGUCCAGGGUAUGGCUGCAGGCCGCAGGCCUGGCGGCCAUCGUGGCAGUGGCCACCCUGCUGCUGUGGAGCAGCCUGGGGGCCGACGACGGGAUCAGCGGAGUCCUGGCCCGCCGUGGGGAGGUCGUGGCCCGCAGGUUCAUCGAGGUGCCCUGUUCCGAGGACUACGACGGCCACCAGAGGUUUGAAGGUCCUGGGGCACACACAUCCCAAGAGGCUCCGGAUGUGACUGGCUGACCUUGCGCCUGGAGGCUGGCCAGCACGGUGACAAGAACAGCAGCUUGCCGGAGCCCUGCCCCAUCAGUGCUGACACCAGCAUCAGAAGGCGGCAGAGUGUGCUGUGAAGCGGGCACUGUCGUGGUGAAGACAUGAAACACAAGGCAUGUUUCCUGGUGGGGUUUCCGUGUUAGGUGUGUGGCUAGAGCUGGUCGGCUGCUGCCGGGCCAUGGUGCCAGGGCGGGGGACCUGGUGGCCGCCUGGCAGCCGGCUGGCUACGGGCACAGGCAGCACC